CCCUACAAAUCACUGAAAAGCUGGUUCAGACGUUCAUUGUUAAAAAAAACCCGUGAAGUAAUUGAAAGGGAGGCCAUUAUACAUUAGGAUGUGUGGCAGGAUCUCCGUGUGGUUUCCCUUGUUUUUUACAAGUUGCCUGGGUUUCAAGUUUUUGCAAACAAAAAUCCCCAAUGGCGAUUCAGUUCCACACCCCUGCAAGCCGAAUUAUCUCUGGCACGGUGUAGGUCAUAGGAAUGAACUUGGGGGCGGAUUAAGGAAUCCUUUUGGUGAGGACUUUGAUGCUUCAGGAAAGACUUGGUCCCCUGAAUUAUGUCGGAAGGACUCGGACGGAGACGGUAAAACUAAUGGUGAAGAAUUGGGGGAUCCGAACUGCUUGUGGCGGGAAAAUGCAAUUCCGGAUAAAAACGCCUUUUCACAUCCUGGUGUAUGUGAGCCAUACGACAGCGCUCUGUGUAAACCAAGGAACACAUGGGUUCUGUGUAAACUGGAGAAAUUUCAAUGUGACGCAAUCACAGAACCAGAUGUGGAAAACAUAACGCUGAGAUAUCCGCCCACUCUGGUGCCAAAUCAGGAGACCAACUACUUCUGUAUGACCUUUGAACUUCCUCAAGAUGGCGACUAUCACAUGAUUGCCACCCAGCCAUACAUUGACAAUGAAUACGUCAUGCAUCACAUUCUUAUUUUUGGAUGUGAAGAAUCGGUAACACGGGCUGAAACGGUCCCAAAGAAGUGUGGCAUGGGCUCGGCAAAAUGUCGGUCAAUAAUCGCUGGGUGGACUUUGGGUCAAAAUGGAGAAUGUAUGCACGAGGAGGUGGGGUUCAGGAUUGGAAAGCAAGGUUACAAAUACGCUAUGAUGCAGUUUCACUGGAACAACUUUGAGCGUCGCUCUGAUUACGUAGACAGUUCUGGAAUGAUGCUGUUCUACACUCCAAACAGACGCCCUAACGAUGCUAUCACCAUGACAAUAGGUCAACAUUAUCUGGAGAUCCCACCCGGGAAAGAGCGCGUGGAGAUUGACGCCGUAUGCAGAGGGGAGGAUACGAGAGCGAUUCUGUCCGGUCCAAUUUAUGUCACAGAAGCCUCAAAUCAUAUGCACUAUUUAGGUCGGGAAGAAUAUAUUGAUCAGUACAGGAACGGAGUCAAAAUUCACACCAUUUCUAGAGAACCUGACUACAGCUACGAUCGACCAAGAUUUUUCAGGUACAAAACAGUUAUACAGGUGAUACCAGGAGAUGAGCUUAAAACAAAAUGCGUGUUCAAGUCUUCAUCGAAAUCAGUGACUACUUUUCAAGGUGACGCAACUUCCGCAGAGAUGUGCUUCGGGUUUCUGACAAUCUACCCAGCCAAACAUGUUAGACUUCCGUUUUGCACAAGCUGGAAAAGUGCAUCAAUGACAAAAUUACGCUUUAACCGGGUUGUCAACAACUGCGAUAUGAAAGUAUUCAGUAAUGCAUCACAUCCCGACAUGAUCAAAAUUUACCGAAAUAUAAAUACACGAUGUCAGCCAUUAUCAAAAUGUCUAGAAGAAUGUAAAGAAGUGGUUAAAGAAAUUCGGCUCCAUCCCUGUAUGAAUGGUGAUGUUGGGGAGUAUAUGAAAUGGUGGGCGCGGAUGUCCAACGAUAUCGAUAUUCUAACGUUCUUUUCGAAAAUAGAAUCAUGUGAUCUCGAGAUAUUGCGAGAGGAGAUGGCCUCACAGAUAGGCCAAAAUACAAACGAUGGCUCUAAAAUUGAUCUACAUCUAUUGAUGCUAGCUUUGAUGAUGCUCUCCUUACCGUUGUCAUAUAUAACAUGAAAUUGCUACACAAUACACUUAAGGUGUUCAAUGUAUAAUAUAAGGAGAAUGAAAAAGUUUGAAAGAUUUAAAUCAACAUGAUGAUUGUUUAUUGUUAAAUAAUGAUGAAAGUGAAAUCGAUGAAAAUUACAUGACUUGUAAAUUAUUAGAAGCUGGUCAUUUUGCACUUGAGACCUUUUGGAGAGUUAUAUGCCCUUUGUGAAAAAAAAGAAAGAAAAAUCUGAUUUGAUAGAUAUUUGUUUGGUAAAUGAUUAGAUUUUAUUUCAUAUUGUCAUAAACAGAAAGUUUAUGUAACGUUCUACCAAGAGAUUUGUAUGGAAAUAUACUUUCUUCUAAAAAUAGUUUAAUUAAAUUUGCUCUCCACAUAAACUUCAAUAUUAAAUUCAUGGUGAAAUGAAUCAAGCAGUAAACAGAACUUUGAAAAUUCCUACGGUGAAAUAUCUUUAUUUCAUGAACACUUUAAAAUAAUACUAUGGUUGCAAAAAUCCACCAUCCAUUUCGUAGAUAUGAAAUAUGGCUAUUAUACAUUGGAUACCUUAAAUGUAUAGAUUUCUAUGUAUGGGAAUGAUUAACCUAUAACCUUUAUAUUACGAGUAUGGACACUCAAUCAUAGAAUGAAUAUUACAGGAAAAUAGUGAAUGUUGCUUCAUUUCAUAUAUACAGAUGUUCCUUCACUACAUUGAUCGUAACUAGAGAGUUUGUAUUCAUUUAUCUUAUAAAACAAUAUUGGUCUUUACCUCUCUCUAUACUAUGUAUGAAAUAAUGAACAUUACAAUACUUUG